AUGACUAAGAUACAGAGCAUCAACAAUUUGAUUCAGCAGAGAAAAGAAACGCGGCUGGUUGAAUCUCACAACGAUCUCGCGCCCAAUGUUUCCACAGUUCACGCCGAGCAUUCAACAAAUCCCACUGGCGAACUCUCUUUCGCCACUAAAGCGGCCGACUCUGAUGAACCAAAGAACGCCCAAGCAGCAACGCAGGAAACUUCAAAUCAAAUUCGACAGGAACGAUCCGUGGAAAUCGAUCGCUCAGUGGCAGCUGAAAUAGUGAACCGGUCCAAGAUGCCCCAAUAUCCAGGCCUCGACCGUUGGAUCCUAGUGGAAAAAUUGGGAUACGGUGCAUUCAGCAAUGUAUAUCGCGCGCGAGAUUCAACAACGGAGUUUGGCGAAGUGGCAAUUAAAGUAUUGAGAUCAUUCCAGAUGGACAUUAAUCAGCGCGCCAAGAUUCUCAACGAGGUCCAGAUAAUGCGCAACAUCGACCAUCCCAACAUAGUUAAGUUGAUCGACUUCUUCAAAAGCCAACAAUUUUGCUACAUCAUUCUCGAACUGUGCACUGGAGGAGAAUUGCUUCCUCAAAUAGUGCGAUUGACCUAUUUCAGCGAGGACCUCAGCAAGCAUGUAAUUGUACAGGUUGCCAAAGCCAUCGAAUACCUCCACGAGACGUCAGGUGUCGUUCACCGUGAUAUAAAACCUGAAAACAUUCUUUUCCUCCCGGCUCCUUUCACUCCGAGCAAGAAUCCGAAACCUCAGCAGCCCGGCGAUGAGGACAAGGAAGAUGAAGGCGAGUUCACUUCAAACUUCGGCUCAGGUGGUAUCGGAGAAAUCAAGAUCGCCGACUUUGGUCUUUCGAAAGUUAUCUGGGACACUCGAACUAGGACCCCUUGUGGAACUGUCGGUUACACUGCACCUGAGAUCGUCAACGAUGAGCAGUAUUCAAAGGGUGUAGAUAUGUGGGCAAUGGGAUGCGUUCUCUACACUUUGCUUUGUGGAUUCCCUCCGUUUCGUGAUGAGAGCAUCCAGAUACUCACCAAAAGGAUAGUCUGCGGCCAGUUCAUUUUCCUGUCGCCUUGGUGGGACCAUAUCUCAAAGUCAGCCCAGGACUUGGUUUCUCAUCUGUUAGUUGUUGAUCCUAAGAAGCGGUACAACAUCAAGGAGUUUAUGGAACACCCAUGGAUCCGUCAAGCUGACGAAGAAACCAUUUUCACUGUCGGCCUGUCCCCACUGGACCAGCGUUAUGGACCAAUGAGUCAAACUUACCCGCAACCGCUCAAAGACGUCGUUGCUGAUCAAGGUCCAUGCCAGCCUGUUAGCGCCCACAUAUUGAGUGUUCCUUCAACAUAA